CUCUUGUUUAUCUACCAUGUUGCGCUCAGCCUCUCGUUCAUUCAGCCUAGUUACCCGUUCUCUUCCUAAGAGAACUUUUGCUCACUCUGCUAUUAUCCGCAACGCCGUUGGUCUUCCCACUUCUCUUCAGUCCUUCACUGAAGAAGAGUUAAUGCUCAAGGAUACAGUUGCCAAGUUUGCUCAAGAAGUGGUUAAGCCAAAGGUUCAACAAAUGGACGAGACUGAAAAGUUAGAUGCCAGUAUCUUGAAGGGUCUUUUUGAUCAAGGUCUUAUGGGCAUUGAAACAGAUGCUGAUUAUGAUGGUGCUAAUUGCUCUUUUACUUCUGCCAUUAUUGCUAUUGAAGAACUCGCUAAAGUGGAUCCUUCUGUCAGUGUUAUUUGUGAUGUCCAGAAUACAUUGGUUGGUACACUUGUUCGUAAAUACGGUAAUGAGGAUGUGAAGAAAAGAUUCUUGCCCAAGUUAGCCACUGAAUCUGUUGGUUGUUUCUGUCUGUCUGAAUCAGGCUCUGGUUCUGAUGCUUUUGCUCUUCAAACCCGCGCUAUUGAAAAGGAUGAUCACUAUGUUAUCAGUGGCUCCAAGAUGUGGAUCACUAACUCUGGUGAAGCAGAUAUUUUCUUGGUCUUUGCUAAUGUUGAUCCUUCAAAGGGCUACAAGGGCAUUACUUGCUUUAUCGUUGAAAAAGAAAUGGGUGUUCAAGUAGCAAAGAAAGAAAGCAAGUUGGGUAUUCGUGCUUCUUCUACUUGUGUUCUCAAUUUCGAUGAGGUUCGUGUCCCUAAAGAGAACAUUUUGGGUGAAAUUGGCAAAGGUUACAAAUAUGCCAUCGAAAUCUUAAACGAAGGUCGUAUUGGUAUUGCUGCUCAAAUGGUGGGUACCGCUCAAGGUGCCUAUGACAUUGCCUUACCCUAUCUUUUCCAACGUAAGCAAUUUGGUCAAUUUAUUGGUGAUUUCCAAGCCAUGCAACAUCAAUAUGCUCAAAUUGCUGUUGAAAUUGAAGCUGCUCGUCUUUUGACAUACAAUGCUGCUCGUAUGAAAGAAGAAGGCAGAACAUUUGUCAAGGAAGCUGCUAUGGCUAAAUUAUAUGCUUCUCAAGUUGCUGAACACGCUGCCAGUAAGGCAAUUGAAUGGUGUGGUGGUGUUGGAUUUACCCGUGAACUGGGUGUAGAAAAGUUCUACAGAGACGCAAAGAUUGGUGCUAUUUAUGAAGGCACGAGUAAUAUUCAACUUCAAACAAUUGCAAAGUUGGUUUCCAAUGAAUAUAAAUAAAUAGAUGACUGUAGAUAUGUGGCUUAA